AGCACACAUACCAGCUGUUAGGCCGACUGUCACACAACAUUUUGAUUGAUUUAUAUAUUGCUACAUGGGUAGGCCUAUAUCAUAAAGGGAUACCCUUGCUGCACGUUGCGAUUUUAGUUGUCCAAUCCUGUUGUGGUUACAGGACGCUAAACUAAUUUGUGACCACGAAUGUCAGAUCCAUUUUUCUUUGCAGUUUGAAAAUAAUUUCGAUGAGGACAUGAUGCGCGUAAAAGACAUCGCUCUUGCUCUGAUUUUCACCUGUCUCGUGCAACAGUUUCUACAUGUGAAGAGCCUGAGAGAUAGAGGGAGGAGAGCACAAACAGAUGGAAAAGGAAAGAGAAGAGGUCAACGGAAUGACGGUGGUCCGAAUGUAUCCAGUGACACAGGUGUCUGGAGAGGGAGAUUUUCACUGAAAGACGGAGCGCAAUGCACGUGGGUCGCAGCAGCUGAUGGCGAUGCGUCUGUUCUGGGACUCACCUGUAAAAACGGUGCAAAGAGUUUCGACUGCGAGUAUGUAGCGAAGCCCACCGCAUGUCAGCAAUACGUAUCCAAUGCUAAAGCCUACUGGAAACAGAUCGCCCGUGCAUUAAAAAAGCAGAAGAGAUUGUGUCGAGACUCUACGGAGCUGCUCAGAGCCGGCAUGUGCAGGAACGCGCCGGAGGACGCGCAUUUCAGACUGAAGGUCACGCGCUCCUCCUCACAGAUGCCCGGUCCGCCGCCCGCGGGGACAAAUCUAUGCCCUGAUCGGAUCGAAAGGCUGAAACUGGCCGAAGAAUACUGCACCAGCCCCUGGUCUCCAAUGUGUACAUUUCUCUUCUUGAUGUUUGAGAAUGACGAAUGCUCGAAUGCUUAAUGACUUUGAAAAAUAGUUUUAUUUUUUAUUUUUAUAUAUAUAUAUUCAAUUAAUGUAGAAAAGACGGUCCAGUCUUACGAUUGUUGGUCCCUAUAACGUUUCUGGAACGUUAGUUUAUUGUUAUAAUAAUAAAACCUAAAAAGAACGUUCAUAGAACGUAAGGAAAUCAUAAGCUAACGUUAGUAGAAUUUUCUGGGUUUGUUGGGAUGUUACUAAAAUGUACAUGGGAGAUAUUUAUAUAUACUUAUGUAAUUUAAUAUUGUAAAUAAUUAGUAUAGAUUUAAAAAUAAAUAUG